AUGAGAAUCCUGUACUUUAUAUGUCUCGUAUCUGGGCUAUCGUCUUGGGCCUCUGCUCAAAACUUUAGCAAUCUUUCGACUCCUGAUGCCCCGGCUUCCUCUACUGCCAGGCCACCGGUGCCAGACAGCUCUCCAGAAUCAGCGGCCCCUCCACCCCCGAGUAGUAGGCCCAACAUACCGCCAGAAGCAUCUUCCGUAGCAAAACCACCCGCAUCAGAAGCUCGUCCAAGUUCAGCACAACCCUCGAUUCAAAUCGUCAAACCCUCCACGAAUCCCGAGGUAAAACCCAAGGCUGCUUCUGAAUCAUCCGCUGUCCCUGCCUCACCCAAUUCCCCAAAAGAGGCAGCGUCUUCGGUCCAAAUCAGUGUGUCUGGCCAAGCGGUCCCUUCGAAAGACGUACCGAGCUCGAGAGAUGCUGCUUCAUCGAGAGUAGUUGCACAAACUAGCGCGGCAUCAGCAAGCAUUCCAAACUCGAACCCGGCACAGCGCAGUACUCAAGCGCAGACCGGCGGCCCAAGAAAUUCCGGUAGCUCUACAUUGGUCCAGGUUCAGGGAACAGCAACCACUGCGCCUGGUGCACUUCAAGCAUCUGGCACCCGAGCAGUUGAUGACCCGGGCAAUGCUUCAUCAACCCAAGUGUCUGGCACCGGCUCUCUGGGUGCUGGUCAAGCUACUUAUACAGUUUCGUCGCCGGAACUAGCUACUACCGCUUCCUUUGCCGCUCAACCAUCGGACAGCUUCCAAGAUGUCAAUGAGACAGCAAUUCUAGCGGUCCCAGAGUCUGGAGUUGCCACACCUCCCGACAAAUCAACGAUUGAGCAGUUUCAAGCCGAGCUCAAUGUCAACAUUCCUGCAAAGUCGAUAAACAACGAUAAUGCUAGGGCACUUGCGAUCCUUGAGACGGCAUACUUUGAGUACUUUGCCAAGAAGGACCCUGCACCUGUAGACAUGGGAAAGAUCUCUAUCCCAGCUAACAUCUCCGAGUGCCAGAAUACAUACUCUCAGAGAUUGGCAAAGAGAAGGGACUUUGUUGACAAUGUACUAGACUGGGUCCCUCUAGUGUCAAGAGAUCUCCGGGGCUUCAGCAACUGCAAAGCAGUUGACUCCAUGGAAGUUGGAGUAUAUUUCCAUUACAUGAGAGCCUCUUCAACCGCCGAGAGGCCAAAUGAGCUGGAGUCAAGGGUCAAAGAACAGGUCGAUGUCUUGAACGAGGCGCUGGGGGCAGUGAGGAUCAACUUUCGUUUCAUGGCACUCAAUUGGUGGGAGCCGAAGGUAACUGAGGAUUGGUCAAAAGUUACCAGACGCGAGUCUAAACUACUGGACUGGCAACGCCGGACACGCGCCCCUGGGAAAUUGACAUUGACCAUCUGGAUCGUGAAUGGGUUGCGAAGCACUGAUAAGGACGACCAGGAACUCAACAGCUACGUCACAUUUCCGAACCAGCAGCUCGAUGAUGCAGACGGUAUUGUAGUAGAACAGGCGCAUGUUCAGGGAGGCGAUGCCACAACGCUUGUUCACGAUGUCGGUCACUGGUUCGGUCUCGGCCAUACGUUCAAUGAGAUCGGCCAGGAAUGCCUCGUUCAAGACGGAUUGACAAACGCGACCCAGACGUCGGGUAGUCGUGACGUGGUAUACCAAUGCUCGCAGGUAACAUGCGCUGGUGGUCCAGUGGUUGAGAUAAAUAACUACAUGAGUUACUCGGCGUGCCGUGGCAAAAUUCCACAGAACGGCUUCACCACUGAUCAGAAGGCGCGGAUGUUUGCCAAUGCGCUUGAAUUCCGGCGCGGGUACGAGGCGGGAGAGUGCAUGGCAGACGGGAAAGCGGCCGUGGGGAAGAGGUCUAGCAUGCAGGAUCUUCUCGAUGGAAAGUGUCCGGAUGUCAGCAAACAGGCAAGCAUUCUCAUGAACACACCGCAUAGCUUGGGGGCAACUAUAGCUGGAUCUCCAGCUAAAUUUCUGACGACAAUUACCUUGGUAUGCACAAUUGUGCUGUGGUAUCUCUAAGGCGGAACCAUGCGACACAUCAGGAUUCUUCCACAAGAUUUUCGGAUGAGAGCAUCUUUGGACUUUAAAAACCAGUUAGGGCAAACCACAUAAUAUUAAAAAAAACUUGUAAC